AUGCGUUAUUCCAUGACGCUGAUCCUUGCGGUCGUGUGCUGCUUCAUCGGCAGCUUCGUGGGCGCCGGGCGGUUCCCCCGCGAGACUGGUGUCGUUUCUCGCGAUGCUGCUCGCGCGGGUUGGUCCCCUAAGCCGACUCCCGCUCCCAGUGUUGCGAAGCCGGAGGAAGAGCAGGUGUUGGAUGUUCUCCUUAGACGGGAGAAUGCCAGCAAAAGUUGGCUUAAUGACAAGACCUGUGGAUGGAUUUCGGGCCCUUCUUCUGACCCCUUCACUUGCGGAGAAAGUUCCACUUGUGCUACGAACUCUGACCAUGUUGUCGCUUGUGUCUCUGGCACAUUUUCUCCAUUCUUUGAGGAAUGUGUGGAUUUCUCUGCGUACCAGAAAGGCCUUUGCGAGGACCAAGGAUCGGGAGCUGGAUGUUGCAUGGAUAGUGGUUAUGGCUCCUGUGCAACUUACCUCUGGACCAACGAACCUUUGCGCUCUAUGUACCGUUGCUCUAACGUCUCAACGGAAAUUACGAUGUUGGAUGUUCCGCAGUCCGUCGUGGAUGCUUCUCUCAGCGCAUCCGCGGUCCCAACUCCUACCGACAUCCAGCCACUGAGUUCUGGCGUCUACCCCGGCAGCGAGCAACCAACCCCUGGUACAAGCACAAUUAGCGUCGGUGCUAUCAUGGGCAGCGUAAUCGGCAGUGUUAUCGGUCUCAUCGUCAUCGGCUAUAUGUUGUUAAGCUGCCGAGCUUACCGUAAGAAAGCUAAGGCAGACCACGACAGCGUUCAGAACCGUCUCGACAAUGCCUUCCAACCCCCUCCCACGCCUCGAGCCCGAGGUCUCGCUAUGUCUGCUUUCGAGCCCGAGCCCGAGCCCGAGCCCGAGCCCGAGCCCGAACCCAGUACCCCCACCAACCAGCGCCAGCCUGAUACUUCGUCGUCCGUGUACUCCCAGGACUCAACCACCCCGAUCACCCCCUCGCGCAGCGCCAACCGAGCCUCCGCCCCCGUGUACACGCGCGUAGCUCCCGAGACUCCCCACAGAGAGGCUCAGCGUGCCCUCCACUUCACCGUUUUCGACCAACCUCAAGCCGGAACCUCAGGCCCGCCACGAUAUGAGUGGCAUCAAAUGCACGUCCGCGUACGCCCCGAGAGUUCGCCUGUACAAGGUUAUGCCACUCCACCGCCACGAUACUCCCUGUAUCCUACCGUCGAGAGCCGCCUAAACUCGACUGACAUCCAGGCGGUUGCCGAAGGUCGCGUGCACGCCCUCGUGCAGAACGAGCAGGACGCUGUUCUUUGGGUGAACAGGGGGCCUACCGCUAGCUCUUUGAACACCGAAGGGCCGACUGAGGCGACGCGCGACCUUAAGUAG